CUAUAGGAUGUCUACUGGGUUUUAGUGCAUUCUAGCUACAGAGGUUACAGGGAGAAGGCAGGAGAAUGGGGUUGAGAGGGAUAAUAAAUCAGCCAUAAUGGCUGAAAGGCCUAAUCCUGCUCCUGUGUCUUAUGGUCUUAUAUUCACUGUCAUAAGACGCUUAUGCACAGUUUCUGGUCAUAGAUGACUAAAUUCGUUGCUUAGAUGAUGAAAUUUCCAGUUGAAUCUUUUCACUGUGAUUGGAUUAAGCUCUCUUUUUACACAUUGCACAGGUGAAUUGUGAUUUUAUUAAACGUAAGGGGCGGAAAUUAAGAAUCAUUCCAUUCUGCUCAGUCAGAUCAUGGCAAUUAAUAGUUUGCAAAUCCAGAAGAAACGUAAAUUUUAAAUUAAGUCUCUAAGAAUGGUUGAUGAUAUGAGGACCAGGUGUUAGCUGAAUUACUCAGAGGGAAUGGGCAAAUAGUGUGAGUCAAGACUGAGGUGAUUCAAUGUGAAGUCUGCAGACAGUUAAGUUACAGUGGUAUGAAUCCAAAUUUGCACUGGUGAAAAGCCAGCCCCUGCAAUGAAUUCUGUGUGUAUCAGUGCCAACUUGGAAUACAGUAACUCGCAUUAGUAAUGCGCUUCACACUCUGCUAGGAAAGAUCUGGCACAUUUCACAAGGAGGCAAACUGAUGCACCCAGCAGGAAAAGGAUGAAGUGCAGAGCUGUGAGUCCGGAAUGAGUGAGGAGAUCCAGGGCAUUAUCACGAGGUGGGACUUCGGAGGGAUUUGUUAAGACAGGGGAGUGUGCCGGCAAGGUUUUGAGCAAGAGAAAGCAGGUGGGACUUAAAGUGACAGACAAUGAACUUGCUUCCAGCAGUGGAAGGUACCACUGGAUGUUGCCAAGCACAGAGUCUGGGAUUUGGGUGGAUGGAUUGUGUGGUUAGAGGGUGGAUCCAAUGAUUAGUAAUCCAGAAUUUUUACAGAAAUGGUGCAGACAUUAAUUAUUGAAUUAACUGUAAAAUUGAAGAGAAGCAAAUUUGGUGCAUGUUAGAAAUUCUUUCGAUAUUGUUACCUAUCCCGUGAGCAUGAUGUAAUUAUCUGGUGAGCAUUAGGUCAUUAUCUCAUGAUGGGCAUGACGUAAUUGUCUCAUGAUAGCGGGGUGAUGUGAUGUGAUGUCAUGUGAUGGCAGGCUCCAUCCGGUAUAAAAGGGAAACCACAGUUUGUUGCGUAGAUGUUUUUUUGUUGAGAGUUACAGUCAGUGGUUACAAAAUCGGAGAAGGAGAGGGAGAGAGAGAGAGAGAGAGAGUGUAAAGAAUUUCCAACUUUUGAGCGAACCCUAAGGAUUGGGGUUAAUCAGUGGCAUUCGGUGCAUUUCAGGGGUGACUGACACUUGGUACCAUCCAUACGUGGCACGCAAUUUUGUUAACCCUUACAUGGUUUGGGUGUUGUGCAGUGACCACUUCCGGCGAAAGGUCAGUUACCUUGAGAAAACUCACUCUUCCUGGUAUCUUCUGACAAGGCAUUUCUCGGCUGGAAUCUGCAUCAGCAGUUUCUUCUUUUCUUCCUCGCAAGAUUAUUUCAAAGAAAACUUGACCUAAGAAAAUAAUUAUACAAGGAGAAGAUUACUCGCAACCGCCAGCAACAGAAACAGUCUAGAGGGGCCCCUGCCCGUGGCCAGAGGCUCAGCUGCUUGGAAGAGAGAGUGCUGGCAAUUAUGCGCUGGGAUGCCACACCUCCAGUGGCCGCCAGUGGAUUGGAGAUCAUUGAUAAUGAUGACGCACAGGACGUACCGCCCGGCUUUUCCCAAGCUGAUGAGCUGCAGGGCUCAGAGGAAGAAGACACGCCGUCACUGCACCUGUCACUCCCAUCCACCAGCUUGGAUCCUGGCACCUCGCGGUCUCUGGAGGACAGUUUAGAGGCGAGGUCUAUUUGUGGCGAGUCACUGGUUAUGGAGAGCAAAAAACUGAUAAGUGCAACUGACAUUCAUCACUCGGGAGCAUUGUUGAAGUCUCUUAAUGAGCAGCGGGUCCAAGGACUGUUCUGUGAUAUUACGAUAAUUGUGGAAGAUCGCAAAUUCCGAGCACAUAAGAAUGUCUUGUCAUCUGCUAGUAGCUACUUCCAUCAACUUUUCAUUCUCGACGGCACUAGCAAUGUAAACGGACAAAUCCUCGAACUGAGCUUCGUCAGAGCUGAGGUAUUUGCAGAGGUUCUGAAUUUUAUCUACACCUCCAAAUUGAUCCGUGUGAAUGCCGAACUUGCAAGUGAGUUGAUUCAGUCUGGGCAGGCCCUGGGGCUAAAAUUCCUUGCUGACUUAGGGGAAUCACUUUCAAAGUUAAAAGGACUAACACCAGCUGUCAACAGUGCUGCUUCUGUGACAGAUUCCAGGGCUGAGACCUCACAGAAGAUCGCUGCUGAUGCAACAGUGGAACCUGAAUGCUUGAUUAUACACGUUGAGGAAGGAGGUCUAGGACCUCGAAUAACGGAUGCUUUUUCCCUACACAGUGCAGAGUUUAGGGAUUCGAAUGGUAACAGUAAUGUCUCUCCCGGUGGUGAAGACUCAGAGGAUAAUGACGAUGUCAUUUUCUGCAGUGAAAUUUCACCACCUAAGCAAAGCUGCAGUGUAGUUAGCAAGAGUUCAAUGCAAACAAAUAUCAUUGUUCCUAAUAUACCAGUGAGUUCUGAUGAUGUAAGAACGCAAACAAAACAUGCCACUCUGUUGCCAGAGACUGAGCAAAAUACUAUGAGUACCCAACAAAGUACACAGACAGCUAAUGUGAACUAUCCUCAAGAUGGCAACCACCUUGUAACUGAAGAUAAAAUGGCUGGCAUUGACACAUUGGCUAAAGGUUGCAGAGUUUAUGCAAAUAUCGACACAAACCCUAACACGUACCACGUCGUGGUUCCAAACAAAGACGACCUAACCAACCGUGAACCGAAGCAGAACAGAGAGCCUGGAUCCCCCGACAAGAACUUGCUUCUGAUCGGAGACAAGGUAUCAGAUGGUGGAGGCCACUCAAGCAUUCAGAUCGUGCCUGAAAAUUCCAGUAAUCAUAUAAAUAAUUCAAGACCCAUGUACAUCAAUGAGCAGAACUUUCCGGAUGCAAAACGAAUGAAAAGGGAACAAGAUCAUUAUGAGUUAGUUGUAGAUGGCCGAUUAUUUUACGUUUGUAUUGUUUGUAAGCGAUCAUAUGCAUGCCUGACUAGCCUGAGGAGGCACUUCAACGUUCAUUCCUGGGAGAAGAAAUAUCCUUGUCAUUACUGUGAGAAAGUGUUUCCUCUUGCAGAGUAUCGUACUAAGCAUGAAAUCCUUCACACUGGUGAACGGCGAUACCAGUGCCUGACCUGUGGUGAGACCUUCAUCAGUUACCAGGUGAUGGCUUCACAUAUUAGGUCCGUCCACAGCAAAAAGACUGGAAAGAGUGCAGCUGAAGACGAGACCGAUUCAAAACUUUACCGUUUACUGCCAUGCAAAACCUUACAGAUCAGGCAGUAUGGGUUCCUGACUGCAAGUGCAUCGGGCGCAAUGGCCGAGAUUAAUGAUGAUGGAAUUGUGUAUCAUGUAGGAGAUGAGGAUGAAGGAGCUUCACAGCAGACCCCGGAAACCAUAGGGGGUGGCAAGCCCACUAGCUGGGAUGAUAUUUUUCCUCAGGAAGGAACCCCAGUUUACAGAUACAAUUCCUUAGAUGGCAAUUCCGAAUUAGAAUUUGUUAUACCAGAGUCCUUCAGAGAAAUGGCUUGAAGUCAUUGAGACUAUGAUGGAACUAAACAUGGUAAGAAAAUGGAUUGCAAUGCCAGGUUAACUGCUGACAGCCAACCUUUGGUGGUAGCAUUGUACUAACUGACCAGUUAAGCAUUUUGUGUUUCAGGCAAAUGAUUCAGUGGCUGGACCAUUGUGUGGGUAACCUACGGUCGUUUUUUAUCGAAGAAAAAGCAUUUCUGUUAAACGUGAUGAUGUCCCUGUAGAAUGCAUCAUGAAAUGUGAAGCCAAAUGUAGCUGUGGCUUUGAACAAAGAUGCAGAUAUUUCGUCAGAAGUAGCCAGAAGUCAACGGACAUUCAUAUACAAUGUGCACCAUUGAAAUUAUUUUCAUCUUUGGUGAUCUAGCAGCCAUUACCCAGAUGUUUAUUUUUACAUAUUUCUAAUCAGAAACUGAUUUUAUGGAAACUUAAUGUGCUAGCACUUCGGGUUUCACAUUGUAGGGCUGAGGUAAAAGGCUGCUGUUCAGCGUGUUCUGGCAAAUCCUUAUCAAUCAUCUUUCUACGCAUUACGUGAAACUGUUUUACAUGCUAAACCAAUCACAAAACCCUUCUUCCUAAAGUGACUUCCUAGCAUUUUAAAAGAAGAUGCACAAAAGACCACCAGAUUACUGUGUAACUAUUAGCAGCAAUAUCAUUAAACAAAGCUUCAAAAAAGGAGCAAGCCUAAAUUCUAAACUUUUGUUAGUGGUGAUGAAUAGGUGAAAAUUAAUGAGUGAAAUUUGUAUAAAUGUUGGAUGUACCAGUAUUUCUCCUACCAGCACUAGGAUUCAAUGGCUUAAUUCUGUUUUAAGGUUUAGAAGGGAGGAGAUAAUGAUAACAAGCUUAUAUCCACAUUAGGGAAAUAUAGUUUAAUUCAGUAAAGCUCGUCUUCCUUUCAUUCUGUAAUCAUUGGUCUUGCAGCAUCAAUCACUCUUUUCACAAUUUAAUGUGUUAUUUGAAUUAAGAAUGUGCCUGAUUAAACUGGAUUAAUGCAAAUAGAAUGAAUAAUGGAAAAAUAAAUGGGUCAGGAAAAAAUUAUGGAACCUAUGAGUUGUUUAGUCCAUCAUGGACAACCCAAUACAAAGUAGAUUCCUUACUGGCCAUUACUGUGAUUUAUGUUCUGUUGAUUAUUUUUUAUUAAACUAGAUGCUAAUGCAGUACUUUGGGAUGAAAGCUUUUAAAUCUAACAGCUCAAGAAAUGAACAGUUAUCUUCAAUAUUUGCAUUAUCUGAAAUAUGCAUGUUAAGUAUAAUUUUAUCUGCUGGAUUCCAAUUUUACAAAUGUUAUUCCCUGGUUGUUUUUAUUCUACUGUGAAGUUGAGAGUCUCUGUUCUUUUAAAAAAAAUCUAGCUUCAAUUUGCAUAGAGUAAUAACAUCAUUUUCAUAUAUGCCUAAGGACUUAUUUGUAGCUCUAAUGAAUGUUUUGCUGAAGUUUUGGACAGGCGAGUUGGGAUUGCAAGGCUUUAACACAACAGAUGCAGCAUUUUUACAUGCAAUUUCACCCAAAAUGCUUUAAAAACAAAUCCUGGACAGUAAUUAUUGAGCUUAGCUUAUUUUAAUGGUCAAAAUGUCACGGAGGUUAUGCACGUCAUUAUCCCAGUCUAUUGUUACUUAGUUGUGAACUGUUAUAAGCAAAAAGAUCUUGCUUUCUUGAUAUUCUCUGUAAUGCAUCUCAUAGAAACUCUCACAUUAAGUACUGUAGGCUAACAUAAUUUAACAUGUCUUUUGUAGCAAACAUCCAUUUAGCAAAAAAAUCUUAUCAGCACACUGACUUCCCUUAAGUGUAUGGGUCAAUAUUGUACAUAUAUUGCUUCAUUUUUUUAAUUAAAAAAAUAAACCAUGGUCCCAUAAGUCUUUUGACAUAUAGAAAAAGUAAUAAAUAUUGUAAAAGGAAUAGCCUAUCAUUUUGUUUGUAACAGUUUUGCAUGCAUAGACUAGAACAAAACUGCAGAAUAGAAAAUCUUUUUAUGCUUGCAUAAAAAUAUUUCUUUUGAAUUACCUGCAAAUUGGCAAAACCAUGUUGUUCUAAAGUAAUAAUGUUCUGUCCUGUUGUGCAAGCAAGGUUAAUGCUUUUGUACCAGUGAAAAUAAUAAAACUACUAAUAUGUAAAUAUAGUUGUAACAAAGCUUCUUCAUUAGUAUAGGUUAUUGUUAAGUCACUUUUCUAUUUUCUUUAAUUUGAAGCCUUAGAAUGUAAGUUUAUUUAUUGUAUUUGCUCUUUUGAUGAAAAAAUAAUAAAAUUUUCAGAAUAUA